AGAACUUGAUCUUGACCAACACGUUUGGAUUCAUAGGGGAAAAAAGCCUACAAUUAAACCUAUAUACUGAGUUAUAACUACCAAGAAGGUUUCAUCCACUGCCAAACUUGGAUAUCUGGACCCCACAUCAAUCUUCUGGGAACUUUAUUUAUUUAUUUAUUUUUUUGUUUCCUCAUUUUCAAAACAUUUUUUUUCUCUUUAUUUUUUUUCAAUCCCACUCUUGGGAUUAAACCCUCGCCCAGUCCGUGUGGUCGCCCCCCUCCUUCCCGCCUCAGAGAGGGUGUAAAGUUAAAGUUGGCCCGGAGAUGCAGUCCCUUCUCCCGCUUGCUGUGUAUUGCAUCAGCCUGGUUUCCCUCCAGCAGCUGCUGGCUCUGCCGGCGGAGGAGCGUCCCGACAGGAACAGGUCGGACCUCCUCAACAAACUCAUCGACCAAACGGAGGAUAAAGCCUCGGCAUCAGAAAGCCAGACUUACAUUGACGUCCCGUCUUCAGCCCUCAGGCGAUUCCCAAAUUGGCUGCCUGGUUUCCUCAGGCACCGUCCAGCUUCAGGAGCGAGAACAGCCUCACCAAACCUGGCAUGGGCACGUCCCACUAAGGCGCAGCAGAUUGAGCGGAGGCCCCUGAGAGCUCGUCGCCAUGCCCACUCAGGAUUGCGGGGUGGUCACCACUACCCCCACCAUGCCCAGCUGAUGAGAGUGGGCUGCGUCUUGGGAACCUGCCAAGUGCAGAACCUCAGCCACCGGCUCUAUCAGCUCAUCGGUCAGAGUGGCAGAGAAGACUCAUCCCCCAUAAACCCCAGGAGCCCCCAUAGUUAUGGAUGAGUUAGCUGAUACCCCCAAACACCCACAGCAAGUCUAUCUAUAUUUCCAGUUAUUUAUCUCUUAAUGUAUUACUGGUAGUCUUUGCAUUAGAGUUUGAUGUAGUCCAUAACUUUUGUUUUUCUAUCUCAAAUAGACAAUUAUACUCCCCAUAAAGGACUGUUGUGCCUCAGAAUUUGAAGAUUCAAAUUCAAGAUUGUGACUGAAUCAUUCUGCCACCCACCAGUUCUCCCACCAUCCAGAGAACAUUUGCUUUUUGAAGAACGUUCUUGUCUUGUCAAAGUCUUUUUGGUACUCCCCCUGAAUGCUCACAUAAAGCCAUGAGGCCUCAGUUUGACGUCUUAAUCCUGUUAAUAUAAGAAUGAAGGCUUGUCCUCAACACCAUCCAGUGGCCCGGUACUGUCUGCCAACUGAACUCCCCAGCGGUGCUUAUACCACAACUCAUUGAUCAAACACCUAAGCCCCUAAUGUGGAUUUCAACCUGCACAUAAAGCUGGAGCCCUGUCAAAACCAAUGAAUUCCCAAAGACCUCGUAAAUGACCCAGUGAACCCUUUUACCUCUUUUUUGUGCCCCCUUUUGCCAAUUUUGAAAACUCCCAGACUAUUUCACAACUGCAUGUGAACACUAACAUCCGUGGAAUAUUCCACAAGCUCUCAGCUGGGAAUUCUUCACUCAGCAGGACUUUGUGUUUCAGAACCACAAUUUAGAUUUGAAACCAGCCACAGCACUUAGGUUACACCCGAGUUUAAGAGCAUUCUGACUCAGAACUCAACCGCAUAAAGUCCAUGCUGAAAUGAAAAAGAAUAGGGUCAUCAUCCAGUGCCUUGGGAAGACUCUAUAUAGAAACUCACUCCCCAAAGGAUCCAUUUCAGUGUUGCAUAUAGUAGCCUGUUGGACUAACACAGGAGGUGGCAAAGUAACCUUGGAGCCAUGGAUCAGGGCUCUGUCGCACCACUGCUGGCACUUUCCCCACCAGAGGCCAAGUCUGAAAUAUUAGCCUUUUCACGUGAUUCAUAAGUUCCCCUUGCAAGUCAGGACUUUGGGUUGACAGCAGUUUAUUAAACCUGACCUAAUCACUUCAGGCAUAUGUGCCGCCACAGCAGGACAGGGGGCUCAGCCUCCUAUGGUCUGCACACUUAAUGCCAAUACAUAAAUAUAAAGAACAAAGCAUGUGGCUCCCACACAUAUGUACACGUGCAGCCUUGAAGUUUGCAGAUAUUAGGGUAGGCUCGCCAAGAAUACAUUUAAAAAAAUCCCCUCACUUUGCAGCAUAUUUGGGGGAUUUUCCAGAGUAACAUGGAUUCUUAUUCUGGAGAGAAAUGCUGCUGUUAAAUGUUUUAAUGCCAUUUUCUUGUGCUGUUAGAAGCAUAGACACAAUUUCAUUUAUCCCUAUUGUAUUGAGGUUAGGGUUAGGGUUGGGGUUAGCGGUUAGGGGGUUCCACUUGUGGAGGUAGAAAUCUCUAAAAGUUGGCAAAUACACCAAUAGUAAUUCAAACAGUAAUGUUGCAAAUGAAUGGAGAGAUAAAGGACAAAAGUUCCUUACAUUUCCAACAGGCAGUGCUUGGCAACUUUGAAGUAUAGACUUUAGGCUUGGGCAAUAUCUAUUUUUUUUUAUAUAUGAUAUAUAUCAUAUAUACGAUAUAUGAUAGCAUUUGUGUGUAUGGUGCUCCCCCUCGUCUGUCUGGUGAGUUGGCUAUGUUCCGCAAGCUCUCUUAGCUUUUUCAGGCUAAUAAAUGAACAUUUUAACCUCACAAAUUGCCAAGAAAGGUAAUAUUCUUACUGUGCAAAUUCUGAAUUCAACUUUGUCUGUCACCAAACGAAGACUAACGUUAGCUUAAUAGUCUUGCUAACUCAUCAUAAAACACCCUAUUUUCAAACUCAAUGAAACAAAAUAAAACUCAUGAAAAUCAUAUUAGUCUUGUUAGUCAUUAAGUUAGUUUGUCCACUGUUCCAAAAAUCACCAACUUUGCUUGGUUUGGUUGAAAAAAAACCCUGAUUUACCGAGUUAGAUGUGAAAAUAUGUUGUUUUUCCUCACUGUCUUUCACUGCUGUUGCUAGCUAAGUUGUUGUUUACAGUCCUGUAACAACCUCACCACUCGCAGUCGCCAUGUUUCGUAGCUUCCACCAGUAAAGACUGACCUCUGGUGGCGCGGGAUGUGCACUACAUACACCACAUCCUCAAUACAGCACCUCCAUAUGAGUUUAAUAGGAAGAUGAGUGUCUGUAUUUUAGACGCUAUUGAAAUUAAUACUGUCCAGACUUCUCAAUACCCUGGCAUACACUAACACGGUAAUAUCGCCCAAGCCUAGUGGUAUACAAUAUAAACAGUCCUAUUGGCAGUAAUAGGCACCCUGGUUGUUAACGUGUAGUAUGUAAAAUGGGUUUAGGCUCGUCCUGAGGCGGCGGCUAGAAGCUCUACUGCUACAUUAUGGGUUUCUCAUGAAAUACCACAGUGACCAAAAUGUUAGGUGUGCCCGAUUUCAAAUAUGUACAAAAAAUAGCAAAGCACCAUCAAAAAUACAUGCCCUGACAUUUCCUCUCUAUGUUUGUCCAUCUCUGAAAUGGUGGGCGGGCGACAGACUUGGAAUAACUUAGGUCACGCUCUACUCAUCAAGCAAGCUAAAAUUUGGCCUGAGACUUUCCAAAAAAUGCAACCUUGUAUAUAAAACCCACAUUUUUGCUGAGAAACAUAAUUUUAUUACAUAUUAUUGACAUACUUCUAAACUUCUAUUCUAGGACUUUACUAUCUGGCAGCCUGAUCUUAACCUGCAGGGAGUGGUUGAAUGUUUCAAAGCGGGAAUAGAAGCUGAACUGUUGGCCCUCUUUCUGAUUUAUGUACACAGUUAUUUAGAUGAUCUUAUCUAGUAUUUUAGCCUUAUUAUUUUAUUCUUUUUAUUUUGCAUAUAAUUUCACAAACAUGAACAUUUGGUAUUCCUGAGAGCAUUAGUUUAAACUCACCAAAUACCUGACAAUACUUGACAAAUCGAAUGACUUUACGUGUGAUCUGCAUCAUAUAAUAAUGUAUUCUUUUUUUAUCUUAAUCUGUGUCUUCUGAUUUUACUAUAUGUCUUUACUCUUUUUUUUACAUUCAGUGUCUCAGCCCCAUCUUGGCUCUCUUUUUUCUUCUGUCUGUAAUCAUGGAGGUCACAGGGUAAUAAUCAGUGGUGUCUUAGUCUUAAAUCUAAUCUGUUCAAAGGCUUGCUGAGGUGAAAUAUGCCAUUCUCUCUGCUGUAAUGGAGCUAAUCAAUGUCUCGUGACAGAUCAUUAAAAGGCUUUUCAAAUGCUGAAAAAUCCUGGUGGAUCUCUCUGCUUUUUAAAAUGUACUACUUCAGACACACGUGAUGUGUGUGUGGGUAUGUGUUGAGCUGCUGUAUGUAGCCUAUCAGGACUCUUAUCUCCUGUGUUUGAUCUGUGCUCUGGACCAUUGUGCUCCCAGUCUUUUUUUUUUUUUUGCGCAGUAUGUUUUUGUGACGUCAGGAGUUGCGUCAUGUCAAGUUGUGUUAGCAAACUGUGCGCGACCGUCAAUACCUCCCCACAGAAACACCUUUCAUGGCUCUUUGUUGCAAAGAGGAAUGAGUGCAGAGUGUAAAUGUUACUUUUGUAAGACAGUGUAGAUCCAGGUCGUUGUUAGUAGGUUUCUUUUUGCUGAUUUUCCAUUUGAAAGUCACAUGAUGUCCUUUAGGGUCACAGGAAAGCACUUUAACGCAAACACGUGUGAAUCUAACUCAUUGUAAUGAACUCGUGAAAGUUGGACAAGGUUCCUCCUGUAAAUGUUGCAUUUGGGAUUAUCUGCGAAUGUGUUUGAAGAUGUCAGUGUACUCCAUGUGGCGUUGGGAUGACUGUGAACGUCGUGUGCACCUGUGAAUAUAUCUAUAGAGAUAUAUAUUUAGUCAAACUAUUUAAAGAAAGUUAUGUAUUUAAGUUAUCUUUGUAUGUUAAUAUCUGUAUGUCACCAAAGACUAUUUAUCUCACCUUUUCCACUGCUCCUUAAAUAUGACCUUUUGGUAGGAAACAAAGUCUUAACUGUAGUUAAAAUGUUACUGUUUGACAAUGUCUCUGUAAAAUAAAGAAUUAUACUGUAAUAAGAUGA